AUUUCGUGAAUACAUACUGAAAUGUUGGUCAGAAAAUGACACUUUCAAUUCAUUAUUUUGAAACAGGAAGAAGACUGCAAGGUGCUUCCCAGUCAUUGGACGGUAAAAAGAAGAAACUAUAUGAAGGGGCAGUUCAGUGGAUACUGUAUACAGUGCAAGUGACAAACUUCAACAAUGGCUUGGAAGCCAGUUCAGACUCUGACGACGAGGACAAGCUACACAUUGUGGAGGACGACAGCCUACAGGAGCCUGAGGUCGCCAAAGCUGAUGGGACCACGGCGCAGGACAGCCAUGAUGCCAACACAACAGUAUUACCCCACAAUGGCUCGUUGAACGGAGUGAAAGAGGAGUUUGUGUCAGAAGAGGAAGAGGAGGCGGUGAAGGAUACUCUAGUGGACGAGAUUCUCCAGCAGGGAGACACUGCCAUCAUCUAUCCGGAAGCUCCUGAGGAUGAGCAGAGUCCAGCAGAGACAGGAGGCGCAGAUGAAAACGGCACGCCAGAUUCCUUCUCCCAGUUGCACACUUGCCCCUACUGCUCCCGGGGCUACAAGCGCAAUGCCUCGCUGAAGGAGCACAUCAAGUAUCGCCACGAGACCAGCGAGGACAACUACAGCUGCUCACACUGUAGCUACACCUUCACCUACCGCUCUCAGCUGGAGAGGCACAUGAGCCACCACAGGGGCACCAGGGAGCAGCGUCACGUUUCCCAGUCGACAGGAGGAGCAGGAGGAAUAGGUGGAACCCGCAAGUUCAAGUGUACUGAAUGUUCCAAGGCCUUCAAGUACAAGCACCACCUGAAGGAGCACCUGCGCAUUCACAGCGGUGAGAAACCGUAUGAAUGCUCAAACUGCAAGAAGCGAUUCUCCCACUCAGGCUCCUACAGCUCCCAUAUCAGCAGUAAGAAGUGUGUGGGUGCAGCACCUCCUAAUGGUGUCCCUCGAACGUCGAUGAAAUCCCCCCCACCCACCACCCAGACUACACCUGUUGUAAUUGCUCCGGCCCGUGUGAUUCUUAAAGAGAAGACUGAAAGCAAACCCCUCCAAGAGCAGCUCCCCGUCACCCAGAUCAAAUCUGAACCUGUGGAAUACGAGUGCAAGCCUGUGACGGCGGCACCGGCAACUUCAGCUGGUACCAACGGAGUGGUGAACGGAGGAACGGCACAGCCAGCUGGGGUUCCAGCUGCAACGCUGCCUCAGGGUGUGGCUAUGGUCGUACCAACAGUCGGCCUGAUGUCGCCCAUCAGCAUCAAUUUGAAUGACCUGCAGAAUGUGCUCAAGGUGGCGAUGGACGGAAACAUACUUAGGCAGGUGCUGGGUACAGCUAACGGGGUGGUGACACAGGGGAAGCAGGGAAUUGUAGUCCAGCAGCCCCAGCAGCAGAUCAUCAGCCUGCCGGCCUUUGUGGAUCAUGACGGCACCACAAAGAUCAUCAUCAACUACAGCAUCAGCCCUGCAGCCGCCACCACUGCCACUACCCAGCCUGCACCGCUUGUUGCCAAAAACAAUCCUCCUCUUCCUCCCACUGUCACCACUGCUGCAGACCCCACCCCAACAGAUAGAACCCCAACACCAGAGGCUGCCGACCUCACCAUUGUAAAGGCAGAACCAGAAUCGGUGCCCAUCAUGGAGACAGAGGCGGUCACACAGACAGAAUCUGUUAAGACUUCUGACGCCCAAACAGCUCAGAUGCCAAAAGUCAGCAGCACCAGUACAUGUUUACUAUGCGACGACUGUCCCGACAACCUAGAGGCGUUACACCUCCUCCAGCACCGGAAAGCAGCCAAUGGGGAGGCAGUUGACUCUGCCGCUUUGGACCCCUCGUUCGCUGCUCUGCUAAACGAGGCGGGGGUGACGCUGGAGGAGUGUAUGGACGAUCUCCUCUCACUCCUCAAGACCUGCUUUGCCUCCAAUGCCAACCCCAGCGAGGCGGAGCUGACAAAGAUCUCCGAGUCUGUGAGUAUUCCCGUGGAUGUGGUCAGAAAGUGGUUUGCCAAAAUGAACUUUAGGAAAAAUGUGGGCAGAAACGCUAAAGCAGUUUCCAAAAAGACUGAAAUCACAAAUUCCAGCUCAAAGAAUACUUCAAAUCAGAAUGGAGAGGCAGUGGAAGACAGCAUUAAAGAUACAUCCAACAAAGCUUCAUCAGAAUCUGGCAGCGCUUCUCCGUCAGACUGUUCACCACUAAGCCUCAACACAGAGGACCUCAUCAUUGUUAAAAGUGAGCCAGAUGAUCCAGAGGCCUCAGACUCCCAGGCAGAGCCGCUUUACGUCUCCAUCCCUAAACGUAUCACAGCACCAUUGGAAACAGUGCCUCCCGCCAAGCAGCAGGAACAGCCCAUGAACCUGCCCUGCCUGAGGAAGGAGCAGCUGGAGGGUCAACCCAUCUACGUCGCCACACCUCAGACCGGAAGAUCUGUCAACAUCCUCACUGGCCAACAGCUGUGCACAUUAGCGAUCAUCAGUGGUCAGGGCACGAGGGGCUGUCUCAGCGCCAUUAACAUCCCCCAGCUCACCUACAACACUACAGCCUUUGAGCUGAACAGCCACAAGGAGAAGAGGCCGGAGAGCAGCUCUGGCUGUGUUUCCACAGUGGAGGAGCAGAAUGACUCGGGUUCGGCCUCACCGAUUAAGAAGCAACGACUGGAGCCGAAGCCCUGUAAACUCUGCUCUAAAGUCUUCCGGAGGGCCAGCUGCCUGAGCAGGCACAAAUAUGAACACACAGGAAAACGGCCCCACGAGUGCAACAUCUGCAAGAAGGCCUUCAAACACAAACACCACCUGAUUGAACACUCGAGGCUGCACUCCGGUGAGAAACCCUUCCAGUGUGAUAAGUGCGAGAAGCGUUUCGGUCACUCCGGCUCAUACUCCCAGCACAUGAACUCUAACUGCAAGAAGGAGGGGCCUAACUUUGGCUCCAGCUCAGGGCCGUGCAGGUCUGAGUUGGAGCUCGGCAGUCUGGGCCCCGGACCGCAGUCGGACAGUUGAACCAUUACCCCGCCCUCUAAACUGGACUCAUACGAGAAGGAGGGCGAGGAAGAUGAGGAUGAUGUGGUGGAGGAAAGAAGUGGUGGGACGAGGAGGUACUUCAUGAUGUGGUGGAGAUCGAGGUGGGGGGGCGAAGAGAUGGAGGGAAAUAACUGAAGAAACGGAGGAAGUGGCGGACUGUGACAGACGGCAGAUAAAAAGGAAAAUCUGAGGGGUUUUUUUUUCUAUUGAAAAUGAUUUCAGUGUUUAAUAAUAAUUUAUAGAAGUCAAAUUCACCCAUCAACUUGUUGCCAGGUUGUUUUGUUUUCAUCUGGCCUUUUUUGGUCAGUGUCACUAAUCUUAUUUUUUGAAAACCUUUUUAACCUGUAAAGAUGAGAAAGAUUUCUAUGCCUUUUUAUUGCCAAUGAAAUCUCCUAAAUUACUAUUUUAUUUAGUUCUACGAACACAAACCUCUGCACUACAGUACUCCUGGUUUACCUAUGGAUACAUGCCUCAUGCAUUGUAUGCCUACUUAUCACUUGUUUGUAAAUGUAUCUUACUAAAACUGCCUAGGUACAUUACAUUUCUGCCUUCCAGUACUGUGCACCUUUAUAAAUGGAAUGAAUGUAAAAGGAGGUUAAAACUUGAAGGUGUCAUCGUAGUGGAUGAAUGAUAAACAUUUAAUUCUGGACCUUUUUAGAGAGGUGGGAUUCCUUAUGAUGCUGUGUGUGUGUGUGUGUGUUCUAAUUUACCUGCUGUACUCUGGUCUUAGUGAGACUACAUUUAAUAGGUUAUAAUAAUUUGGAGUGCAGAAAAAUAUUAUGCUCAGAAAUAAAAAUACAUGAACUGGGAUCAGGGCUGAGCAGAAUGUCCAACUGCCAGAAACUGAGGAAGAGAACUUGUUCAUCACAUGUAUCAAAGCAAAAAAGGACUUUCACCAGGUGGCGCUAGAAGACCAUCCAAAACACCUUUUCAAAAUACCAGAAAGAGAUGUGUUGAGAGCAGAAAUCGGCACUAAUCAUUCAUAAAUAGAGUUAUGAGCCAUGAUUAUUAAUUUAAGCCAGUGUCCUGAGUGCUGAUAAGUUGGAGAUCUCAGUAUAUAAAUCCAUGAAAUCUAACCAUCAGUUUCUCCCAUGGCAAAAUGGCAGAUUAUAUGCAUGGCUGAUGUCAGUGUGGAAAAGUCAUGUGCAAUUAGAGGGGGGGAAAAAAUCAAUGAUUUGAUAGUGAUUUGGGGAGCUAUAAUAUGACGAAGCAAGAGUUUAGUCUGUGCCAACAAAGAUGAGUUGAAAACUGAUUUCUAACAGCAUGUUGGCUAUCCAAGAGAAUGUUACCUUUUCAUUUGUCUGAGUAUUCCCUCAGGGGUGUGAGUAGCUUUUUAAUGGGAGAAAACUACUAAUGUCCAGGUAAUGAAAAUGCACACUUAUAAUGCACUUUUACCCAAAGCAAACUGCUGCACAAUAAAAACAUAAUUUUGUCA